AGUUCCAGAGUUUUGGCGGAAGAGAUGACUAGAUCCCGAGUCUGUAGAAUGUAGCUUUAGCACUAAAAGAUAGCACACAUGCGAGAAAAUGUAGAAAGGACUUUUAAGUGAAAUGAGUGUUUUGCAUGGUCUAGCUAGCUCAUGGUUUAGCUAUGGCUAGCCACGUCCACUUGCGACUCCACAAUCUUUAAUGUAUUUGGGCUUCGAAAGUAGGCUAUGGAUUAGUGUAAUAUAAAUGUUAUCUUCGCAUUUGCUUCUGACAUGUGUUUGGAACUCAAGUAUUUUGGGGUUGGAAGUUACCGCAAUUUGAGCUAGCUAUAUGAAGGAAAAAUGCACAACAUGGCCUCACUGGUGACCUAUGAGGAUUCUGAUCCAGAGGAUGACUCGGUAAAGGAUGAGAAGAGGGUACCUCCACUAGCUACCAAGUGUGCUAAUGUCCAAAGACCAUCCCAGAGAGACCUGGAAGUAGUAGGCUCUCACUAUGGCCUAAUACCUCACCCACAGCCAAACACCCAACAUAGUGAUGGCACACUGUCAAACCAGUGGACAGAGACUGCACUGGGCUCUUCUGAAACUGUAGAAUGCAGCACCAAACCACGUUUACUUUCACCUCAGAGGAUCCAUACCCAUGAGGAACAGGUUAGGAGGAGGGGAGACUCCCAGAAUCCUCCCAGACCUGCUCCUCCAUCUGUAUCCUCUGGAACCGCUAACAGCUGCACUGUCCCACCUCCCUACAUCUCUCUCCUUCCUCCACCCUCCCAGAGGCCUAUGGGCGUAGCCACUAUAAAGAAAGAGCACCAGCCCCCAGCUGGGAUAAGACCUUAUAUUUCCAAGAGACAAAGGCUGGCCACUCCAGGAGACCAAGAUGGACCGGGCAGUUACCUGGAUAAGGUCCCAGAGGAUCAGACAUCAAGCUCCAAGCUACCCAGGGAGGAUCAGACACCAGCCUCUAGAAUCCAUGCCCCAGCGUCGAGGCAGCUCACUGAGGUGUCUGAAGUGGUGCAACCAUAUCUGGGCCACAGGCCUGGCAAGGCUCAAGUCCCAAGGAGUGUGCAGCUGAGCAUGCAAGCCCACCUGGGCCCUGUGAACACAGUCCAGUGGUGCCCUGUCCCUCACAUCAGCCACCUGCUGCUGUCUGCCUCCAUGGACAAGACUGUCAAGGUCUGGGAUGGAGCAGAGAGUGGGCGGUGCCUAAUGGUUUAUGCCUCCCACACUGGGGCAGUGAGAGCUGCCCAUUGGUCACCCUGUGGGCGCCGAAUUCUCACUGGCUCUUUCGACAGCACUGCUAUGGUGACGGAUGUGGAGACAGGUCAGCAGAUUGUGAAGGUUGGGACCCAGUUCCGCGUGAUGUGUUUGGCUAUCCAACCCAGUGACCCGGAAGUGUUUCUGUGUGGAGGAUACAGCCCAGACGUCAAGGCCUGGGACUCGCGCUCCGGCAAGGUGGAGAGUGUGUUCCGUGCUGGAACACAGACCCUGGACGUCCUCUUCCUGUCUGGAGGAAGAGAGUUCAUCAGCAGCUCUGACUGUGUCAGCCGAGACUCUGCAGAGCUCACCCUCAUGGCCUGGGACUACCGCACCACCGCCAGGCUCUCCAACCAGAUCUUCCAUGAGAGGUACACGUGUCCCAGCCUGGCUUUGCACCCCGUGGAGGAGGGCUUUGUGGCACAGACCAACGGGAACUACAUGGCCCUGUUCUCCGGACUGCGCCCCUACAGGAUGAACAAGAGGAGACGCUAUGAAGGACACAAGGUGGAAGGGUACGCAGUGCGGUGUGACUUCUCUCAGGACGGAACUAUACUGGCCACAGGAAGCUCAACGGGCUCCGUCCACCUCUACGACUUCCAGAGCUCUCGGACUCUGCACAUUCUCCACGGCCACGAGCAUCCCUGUGUGGCCGUGUCCCUGCACCCCACACUCCCUGCCGUGGCAGCCACCUGUGACUGGGGAGGGCAGGUCAGGGUGUGGAACUGACCACUGAGGACACUGUUUGGUUUAAAGCCCCUAAUGGUUCCUUUUGUUUUAAUGGCUACACCCAAUUGAAUGGUGAAAAUAAAGUUUAUCAGCCUUCUCAUAGUGAGAAUAACAAGGGUAAAGAAAUCUAAAUUCUCCAUUUACAUAUCAAAGGGUUGCAAACUGACCUUGUUUUAUAAUAGAUCUUAACUCCCCCACAGAUUCUGCAACGAGCCAGCCUCUAACUUUGCUCUAUUAGAUAUCGGCUGUCUGUUCAGUUCAUCAGGACGUGCAGCUAAUUGUCUUAACAUGAAAAGACUGGUGAUAAUUUGCUUAUGUUUAUUUAAUGAAGAUAGUUGGCCCUCUCGUUUGCAGACUGUACAUGGAUUGCGUCCUUUGUGCUCCAAAAACGUAAUAUAUUCUGUUACCACGACAGCUCGGCUCCUAUCGCAUUUCUACAUCACCACAAACAGGCUUAGUAGUUCUUCAAAAGAAUGUCAGCCCUAUUGCGCAUCCCUUCUGUCAAACUAUGAAAGUAUGAAUUAAACAUUUCCAAGGACAGAGAGACAUACUUGAUGUUUUUUUUGUAGAAGUAUUUUUUGUGAAUAUUUUAAGGACAGUCUUUGUUAAACCCGAGCUGCAUGCAUCCGAGUGUCACAUCCAUGAUCCAGAACGACUGGGGGAGAGACUGCAUAUUGUGCCUUCGAAUCAAUAUUAUUGAUCCUUAUUCUUUGAAUUCAUGGCAUCUUAUUCGAUUUCAGUUGCCAUGAUUCAUUGGACAAAAUGUAAAGAUUGAGAACAGCGCUGAUCAUGCUGGUGUUGGCCUAUUGGCCAUAGAAACCAGGGAGGCGCUGUUUGUUUCUCAUCUUUAUUAGGUAAAUAAACAUACAGCAAAAAUAUAGAAACAUGCAUCAGACAGGCAGCCAGACAGACACGCGACCUGCUGCUCCUUGUUCAGAGUGUUGAGGUAGAACAGAACUGGACAACAUCUCUUAAGGGUUCAAACAUAUACCAUUAACAGAACCAAAGGUGAAAAUAUCCAUAGUUAUGAUUAUAUGUUUAUAUAUAAUUUCAUUUUUUACAUCCACAACAAAAAUACUCUGUUGAUGGGGACUCUAGUGGCCUUUCACCACUCCCCUCUGUGCAGUCACAAGCUUACAGGCUAACCACUAUGACAUACUGGGCACGCCGCUGGUGGCAAACAGCACCAAACUGUUCACCUAGCUGGGUUAUAGCGAGGCUGUUGCUAGGCUGUAACUGUAUUGAUUGUUGCAACUGUGCUGCAAAUUAAAAUGUGGCAACUGGAGCUAUAUCAGGUGAGCCUAAAGUUGGUCACAACAAGUGCUUUUAUCUUGACUAAAGCAAGGUGAGCUAGCUUCAAAAACCUGUUCGGUGGUCAUGUCUGGUUUGUGUGUGAAACAGUAAAAACACAUUUACAUACAUACAAUAUAAUACACCCAGCUACUGAACAAGAUUAAGGCAGAAUAUUAUACUAGUUUCAUGGGAUUUGAUUUUAUCACUAACUUUCAGUUCAUGCUCUACCUGUGUCAAUCUAGAGGACUAAUGGAGCUGUUGUAAUCAGAUAGAGAUGCUGGACAAGGCAAAACUAUGUAUGGUGUAAAGGAAGGUAAUAAACGAUCAAAUAUG